UCCUCCCGCCUCCCCCUUUCAUUUGCUCUGCAAAAGAAGAUACGCCAUUACGGUAGCAGUCGGUGUGGGGCUGAACACAACAACCGGUACUGCUCCUGCUUUAAUGUCGCAUGUUCAGUGUUUACAUCUUCUACACAUAAACCAACUUGGAGCAGGAGACAAGCGCGUUCAUAAAUGAGCAGAGGAGCGCAUGAGCUGUGAGCUGGAGGAGCAGUCGAGGAGCAGGUGCAGAAAAGUUGCUUCAACACCAAGAUUAUAGUGAAGGACUCUGGACAGGAAAAUCUGAGUGGAGAUUGAAUGUGCACAUGUAAAGACUGCAACUACACCUGUGAAAGAAGAUCGCUGUUACUGAAGCACUACAAACUUCUGCAUGGACAUUAUGGACGAGGUUACGCUUAUCCCUGCACCUACCACGAGUGCGUGUGCAGAUUCAAAACCUGGAAUAGCCUUUUGAGCCACUUGUCAUGAAAUCACUCCACUUUUAAAUCUCAAGAAAACAUCUCAACAUUCAUAUGUCCCAUUUGUGGUUGCAAUCAGGACUCCAUACCGGCGGAUUUUUUCAAGCAUAUAUUUGGCCACCUCAAAAACAGUGAAACUCUCACGUGCGUCUUCAGAAACUGUGAAUACAAAACAAACGUCUAUGAACGAUACAGAACUCAUAAAUACAGAAAACAUUCCAGUAAUGCUUGUGAUUUUAAACCAGGCAUUGUUCAAAUAGAUGAGAAUACUGAAGAAUUUGAUGGAAAAUUGUCAGAUGUGGAGAGCGAUAUUGACUGUCAAGAGGAUUUGAAUGUUCUAUCAAAAAGUGAUUAUUCUCAACACCUGGAAAAGUGUCUGGAGUGCAAAUUAGCUGCUGUUCUUCUCAAAUUAGAAAGUAUAUUUUUGAUAUCAAACACAGCUAAAGGAAACUUAGCGUACCACGCCUAUAACAAAGCAUUAACCCUAAACACAAAGCCGAAAUCUGACAUCUUGAAUGUUCUCACUGAGGACAUUUACAAGUACACCCCAUACCCUACAGAUGCUCAUUUCAGUGAAGUGGCAAAAGCACUGAUCGAAAAACAUCCUUGCUUGAAAGAACCUGGGUCGUUUAAUGGUGCUUACGGAUGGAAGCAGAGACUUAAGUACAAAAUGGGGAAUUACAGAACUCAGCUGAAAGUUCUUGGAUGCCCUGAGUUGUCCAUUAAUGCCAAGUCCAAAGAUGAUAAAUCUGCAGCCAGGAAGAUGAAACGAGCAAGAAGGGCAGAGGCCAACUUUUACCCGACGUUGCCUCUAGGAGAGACAAGUGAUACCCUUGAAAGAGAAAGACUUGAUAUACUGAUGGAAAUGCAGAAACGAAGCGACGACCAAGUUGUCCGUGACAAAAUGGCCAGGACAUUUGCCUAUAGACGACAAGAAGUGGUUGACCAACAGCCCAGGAUUGAGGACUUCAAGACCAGAUGGCCUGCCCUUUUUAGUGAACGAGAGGUUAAUGAAGAGUUCCACAGGCUGGUGGCCAUCCCUCUGGAGUCCCAGUUUUUCGAACAACUGGAUCACUACUCCAGCAGACUGUUGGCAUUGGCAAGAUCCAAGAGAGGGACAGCAGGGGACAAAAUCUCUCCAAUCUUGCAUACUUUUGACCAGGCCGAAGACAUCAAUGUGAAGAGAGAAUGUCUCCUGAAGGCUCUCAUCAUUCUUCUUGGAGAGGAUACUCGUGAUCUUGUCAAAGAGUUUGUGGACAGUCAGCAAGAUGGCAUUCAGGCUGAUUUGGAGCAGGUGACCAUGGCAGUGUUUUCCAUUCGACAAGAAGGUUGUGCUGAACUUCCCCCCGGAGGACAUUGGUAUCGUUAUCGAAGGCAUAACAGUCUUGCAUGGACUCAACUCAGUCUCAUCUGCUUUUGCCUUAUUCUUCUUUCAACGUUUCGUGUUAUCCAAUAACACUUGGUCAGGAGAUUAUGGAGAAUAGAAAUUUGAAAACAACCAAAUAAACGUCUCCCAGGAAUUGAGUUUGAAUCAUACUGUUCCGUCGCCGUGACACCAAAGCUGAGCACCAGAUCAGAACUGCUAGUAUUUUAAAGCCAAAACAGUAGACGUUAUGCCUUAGCUACCUAGGUUAGCAUUUUUCGCAUUCCAUGUGGACCUCUCUCCACUUCCUGUAACGUCAGAGGCUAGGUUUUUCUGCGUGUACCAAACUCCAAACCUGAAAAAAAGGCUCAAUUUUUUUUACCCAACACCUACCCAAGUAGAGUAAACGUUUCAGUAAUAUUAGCAUAGCUGUUUAGUUGCAAUAUUUUGUUGUUGCUACCAUGGUUGCUAUGGAUACGGCUGCAGGAAGUUAGGAGAGGUCCACGGAAGAAUCAGGAAGUGAGCUUGUGGCAUAAGGUCUGUUCUGAUCUGGUGCUCAGCUUUGGUGUCACGGCGACGGAACAGUAUGAUUCAAACUCAAUUCCUGGGAGAUAGUUAUUUGCCUUUUUUCAAAUUUCUAUUCUCCAUAAUCUCCUGACCAAGUGUUAUUGGAUAACACGAAACGUUGAAAGAAGAAUAAACCAUUUUUUUUGUGUCCAGUUGACCGAAUCAAGUUUUUUUUCCAACUCAGCAAUUGAGAUUUAAACAGGUUAGAUUAGUUCUCUGAAUGUCUUUGAUAUUUUACUAAAAUAUACUGGUCAUUACAAGCAUGUUUUGUAUUAAUGGAAAAAGUGUGAGCAAGAACUUACACACUGUGUUCUACCUUUUAAAGUGUUCUGACGGAAAAAAAAUAAAUGUGACAUUACUGUCAAACGA